CCCUAAUUCAUCUCACCUUAUUCUAUGAACAUAGCCAUGAUAUUUCUGACUUCUAGGCCAGAAUCUAACCAGAUGAGUGAGAUUGAGGAUUUGGGUGCCCGGUUUUCUAAUGAACUGAGAACUAUUUAAAGCCUGAGGUUGAACAUCAUUUUUCAAUUACGGUUCAACCUCAACUCGCAUCUGUCAUAUAUUACUUCCCCUUGUCUGACCAUCUCCAAAGGCACAUAUAAUUCGUUACAGCUUAGUUUCAACUAGACGUAUCACUUUUUUUUAAAAAAGAUUUUGAUCAUGAAUUUGCACUCCUUUUUCCUUAUUAGUGCUUUCUCAGCAAGCGUGUUCGCUCAAGGAAAGAUCCCAAAUGUUACCAUUACGAAUUCAACUACGUCCAUGCACCAGCUCAGCAGUGAUCCCGAAUUCGCCUUUGUCUUAGAGACCUUCAUGUCUCUAGCAAGUGGAGGUGGCGUGGCAACUGGAGAAAUGCUUCGUGCAGCAUCCCGGAUCAAGCCAGGAGAUUUCGAAAGCUUUUACUCCGAAUUCAAGUUUUUCGCAGACACAAUGGCGCAACAGGCAGCCUCAAUCAGAGAUCCAGCCAAAUUUGCCGUCUCGGCUCGAGAGGCACACUUCCGCGCUGCGUCAUACUACCGUGCAGCCGACUUUUUUUUGCAUGGAAAUGCGUCUGAUCCUCGUAUCAUGACACUGUGGACAUCUAUGCUAGAGAACUUUGAGGCUGGCGCAAAGCUCCUUCCCCAGCCACCUGAAAGAAUUGAGCUCAACGCAACUGGUUUUCGUGUGCCAGUGUAUUUCUAUCAGGCCCCUUCUGCUGUGAACGGAGGUCAAUACAAGCACAAAGCACCUACUGUUCUAUUUGGAACUGGAUAUGACGGUGCUCAGCAAGACAUUUACCACCAGUUCGCUCAUGAAGUGCUUGCUCGUGGCUGGAACUUUGCUACUUACGAAGGCCCGGGACAGGCGACAGUACGACGUGAGCAGAACAUCGGCUUUAUUCCCCAGUGGUGGGAUGCUGUUACCCCAGUAGUAGAUUGGCUGCAAAGUCGUGACGACGUGGAUACCGACCGUAUUGCUCUGGUUGGGCUCUCGUUCGGAGGCCAGCUGGCGCCACUUGCUGCAAGCCACGAGCACCGCUUCUCCGCUGUCAUCGCAAUAGACGGGAUGCUUGAUAUACAAGAAUCCGCUUUACAGAAAUAUCCCGAGCAGAUUGUUGAGCUAUACAAAAGUGGAAAUGCUACCGCAUUUGACUUCAUAAUGAGGAAGAUAUACAACACCCCAGGUACUUCGACUGAAUUUAAGUGGGCGCUUGAUCAAGGUAUGUGGUCAUUCAACACAGAAAGCCCAUUUGAGUGGAUCAAGAAGAUGAGUGAAAUGGCUAUUAGCAAAGAGAUGCUAAACAACAUCAGCUCUCCUGUGUUUGUCGCUUCUGCUCAGGAUGAUAGUGUUGCACCCGGUCAGCCCGAAGAAAUGGCACGUCUGUUAGGUGAUAAAGGAACAUACCACCUCUUCAAAACAAACAUUGGUGCUGGAGAGCAUUGUAGUCUGGGUGCUGAGUCACAGCUUUCUACGGUCACAAUGGACUGGUUGACAGGGGUAUUUGAGAAUGUGACCAAGUCAAUUUGA